GAAGAAGACAUGUUCAAACAAGAUUAGUUGAACCAAGGGCCUCGUCACUGAACAGUGGAGACUGUUUCCUGUUGUUAACUCCCCAUGUCUGUUUCUUAUGGGUAGGAGAGUUUGCAAAUGUCAUAGAAAAAGCAAAGGCUUCAGAACUUGCAACUUUAAUUCAGACAAAGAGGGAACUUGGCUGUAGAGCUUCUUAUAUACAGACUAUAGAAGAAGGAAUAAAUACCCAUACCCAUGCAGCCAAAGACUUCUGGAAACUUCUUGGUGGACAGACAAAUUACCAGUCUGCUGGAAAUCCUGAAGAAGAUGAAAUGUAUGAAGCUGCAAUAAUAGAAACAAAUUGCAUUUAUCGCCUCGUAGAGGAUAAACUCAUUCCUGAGGAUGACUACUGGGGAAAGGUGCCAAAAUGUACCCUGCUACAACCAAAAGAGGUGCUGGUGUUUGAUUUUGGCAGUGAAGUGUACGUGUGGCAUGGAAAGGAAGUUACUUUAGCACAAAGAAAAGUGGCGUUCCAGCUGGCGAAACACUUGUGGAAUGGCACUUUUGACUACUCCAAUUGUGACAUAAAUCCUCUGGACCCAGGGGAAUGCAAUCCCCUCAUACCCAGAAAGGGACAAGGACGCCCAGACUGGGCUGUGUUUGGCAGACUCACAGAACAUAACGAGACCAUACUCUUCAAAGAAAAAUUUCUCGAUUGGACCGAGCUGAAGAAACUGAAUGAGAAGAAUGCUAGUGAAUCCCUUCACCAGAAGGAAGAAUCCAGAUCUGACUCUAAACCAUAUGAUGUCAUGCUAAUGGUACCUGUGCCCCAAACAACUGUAGGCACGGUCUUGGAUGGAAUGAACAUUGGCCGGGGCUAUGGACUUGUAGAAGGAGAUGAUGGGAGGCAGUUUGAAAUUAUCACUGCAUCUGUGGAUGUCUGGCACAUCCUGGAAUUCGAUUAUAGUAGACUGCCUAAGCAAAGUAUAGGGCAGUUCCAUGAGGGAGACACAUACGUGGUGAAGUGGAAGUACAUGGUGAGCACUACAGUUGGAAGCAGGCAAAAAGGAGAGCAACAAGUACGAGCUGUUGGAAAAGAGAAAUGUGUGUAUUUCUUUUGGCAAGGAAGGCACUCCACAGUAAGUGAGAAAGGGACAUCGGCACUGAUGACAGUGGAGCUUGAUGAAGAGAGAGGAGCACAGGUACAAGUCCUUCAAGGGAAGGAACCACCGUGCUUCCUGCAGUGCUUCCAAGGAGGGAUGAUUGUGCAUGCUGGAAGAAGGGAAGAGGAAGAAGAAAAUGCACAAAGUGACUGGAGGCUAUAUUGCGUGCGAGGAGAAGUUCCCAAUGAAGGAAACUUACUUGAAGUAGCAUGUCACUGCAGCAGCCUGCGUUCCCGGACAUCCAUGAUUGUCCUCAAUAUAAAUAAGGCUCUUAUCUACCUGUGGCAUGGCUGCAAAGCACAAUCUCACACCAAGGAUGUAGGAAGAACAGCAGCCAAUAAAAUAAAAGAACAAUGUCCACUGGAGGCAGGGCUGCACAGCAGCAGCAAGGUGACGAUACACGAAUGUGAUGAAGGGUCAGAGCCCUUGGGAUUCUGGGAUGCAUUAGGAAGGAGAGAUCGAAAGGCCUAUGAUUGCAUGUUGCAAGAUCCUGGAAAGUUUAACUUCACCCCCCGCCUGUUCAGCCUCAGUAGUUCAUCAGGAGAGUUCUCAGCCACCGAGUAUGUUUACCCUUCAAGAGACCCUGCUGUCAUCAAUUCCAUGCCAUUCUUGCAAGAGGAUCUUUACACUGCCCCGCAGCCAGCACUGUUUCUUGUUGACAAUCACCAUGAAGUGUACCUGUGGCAAGGCUGGUGGCCUGUGGAGAACAAAAUUGCUGGAUCAGCUCGAAUCAGGUGGGCUACAGACAGGAAAUGCGCCAUGGAGACGGUGCUCCGGUACUGCAAAGGAAAAAAUGUAAAGAAGCCCCCCAAAUCCUACCUAAUUCAUGCUGGCCUAGAGCCUCUGACCUUCACUAAUAUGUUCCCAAGCUGGGAACACAGAGAAGACAUCGCAGAGAUCACAGAAAUGGAUGCUGAUGUUUCAAAUCAGAUAAUCCUUGUAGAGGAUGUGCUGGCCAAGCUGUGUAAAACGGUGUAUCCACUGGCAGAUCUCUUAGCUAGGCCUCUACCCGAGGGAGUUGAUCCACUGAAGCUUGAAAUUUAUCUUUGCGAUGAGGACUUUGAGGUUGCAUUAGAGAUGACGAGGGAAGAGUACAAUGCACUGCCAUCUUGGAAACAGGUUAAUCUGAAGAAGGCAAAAGGACUUUUCUAAGUUGUGUUUGUUGGAGUGAGCACUAAAGGGAUGUCUGUUCUCACUUUCUAUGCCCUUUAGAAGAAUUGUACCCCACAUUUACCAAAUAAAUAGAAAGAAUCCGACUUUAUUCGUGACUACCUAUCUGGAGGUGUGUAAUAUUAUAAAAGGCCAAGAGAACUCUUCGGAAAUGGAAUUCAAUUUUGACUCUUAAAGGUAAUGUGUUUAAGCUCUGCUCUCCUAUGCACUUAAACAGUAGUUUCUGGAGCUACUGCUGCAGGUGUCCUUUGGCUAUAUACAAUACUUGCCAUUUUUGUUUUUGAAGAAGUUCUCUUUGUAAAGUGUUAUUUUGUUAGUUUGUGUAUUACAAAGAAUUUAUAUUUAUAUAAACACAUAGAACAAGUAUGUAUUUAACAAUGCAAUAUAUAUUCACUCUCAAGACUUUCAUGUCAGAACUACAGAAAAGUAGCUGGUUGGCAGUUGCUUGUACCGAGUUAGCUAUACCACCAGUAUCUCUCUCUUACGCACUCUGAAAAGUUUCUCUUUGCAAUAGUUAAUGAAUUGUUCUCAGUGCUGCUUCAGGUGCUAAACUGAACAAAGCAUUUGUAUUUAUAGCAUGGAUUUCUUCAGAAACUAUGCGAAUCGACCUUUAUACUUUAUUAUCCAAAAAUGUAUAGUGCCUUGGUUUUUGUGUACAGUUUAUAUACAAAAAAAAAAGAUUGGUCUGCAUUUUGAAGAUGGCUUAGAACGGUCUCCUAUGUUACUUUUGUAAUAGUAGAACUAAAAACAUCUCAGUUUCUAAUACUUGUUGUAAACAUUAAACAUGUCUUUUGUGAUAUAAGAACUGAAAGUAAAAGCUUCUGAAUAAACUCUUAGUGAUGC